AAGAAAAAAAAACUUCAUUUCAUCCGUUACUUGCCUAAAUAUUCUCAUUCACUAUUUUAGGAAUCUCACUCAUAUUCUCUUCCUCUACUGACCAAAGUCUCCCCUUUGAUUUCAAAUCCUUAUUUCAAAACAUACACUGAGAACCCAGAACACAUAUCUUUUGAUCCACAUUUCCAAAUCAGUCUUUUGCUCAUCUCACAUUUUCCGAUCUACAAAACCUCAAAGUACGAUCUUUGUAUAAAAAAUCCAAAAAAGCUCGAAUCUUUGCUUUGUUUGGUGGUUUCAGUGAAUCACACAGUUUCCUGAUUCCUAUCAGGAAGCUGUGGAAAAGUCAUGGGAUGCAAUUGCUCCAAAGGAACACGACCAGAUGAUAUUAUCGACGAGAAGAAGGAGAGAAAGAGCAAAGCUAUUGAUAAUACCUCAAACAAGAAGAAGAAGAAGAAGAAAAAGUCUGCUUCUUUGAGCAAAACCAAUGUAGUAUCCGAGGAAAGAGCUAGCUUUAUCACUACCACCAACAUCAACGAAUCCACAAUCUUAUCAUCUGAUGAUGCUGAGAAGAAGUUGAGAAGAAUGUGA